AUGUCUGACGCCCCUCGCCCUUCUCUCAAGCUCACGCUGGGCAAGAAGAAGGCGCCCGAGGGAGCUUCGCAGCCACCGAGUCAGCCUCCCCCUCCCUCGUCAGAAACACCUCAGCGGAAGAUCACAUUAAAAAUAGCGCGCAAACCUCAACCGGCCGAAGAGGAAGAGAAGGCAAAGAAGAAGAAGCCAUCGAGAAAGCGACCGGCGGAGGGGCUCGCAGGUCCCUCUGCACCAGAGGCAUCCGCGCAGCCCGUGGGACCGAAACGCAUCAAGCUCAAUACUUCCAAGAAGCCAGGAGUACAGUCGAUCCGAAUCAAGAACAAGGGGCUGGUUCCCAACAGACCUGUCGGCGUUGGCUACGACUCUGAAGCCUCUGAUACGGAAAUCGAUCCUUGCAUCGAGGAGCAAUUCAUUUUACGCAUGCUUCCCGGCGAAGACUGCGAAUAUUUACGUCAAGCGAUCAACGAACGACGAUUCGAUCGGUCAGAAUUUUCCUUCAAGCCACUCACGCGCGAGGGCCGACGCGCCGUCCUGCGGAUCCGUGAUAAACAGUACGCAGCGACGCUGGUGGACUUGCCCUGUAUCGUCGAAGGCAUGAAGAGUUGGGAUCGGCGUGGAUGGUAUAAGUCUGCGGAUAUCUGUCAGAUGCUUUUAGUCUUGGGGCCUGUUUCGAGCGAUGCAGAGGCCCUCAAUUACCCUCUUCCGUCCGACGUCGAGAUCCUGGACGAAAAGACUUUACAGUAUCCGCAUGGUCUGACACCCCCUUUGCGUUACGUGAGAAAGCGGCGGUUCCGCGAACGACUCAGCACGCGGACGAUAGAACAAGUGGAGAAGGCUGUGGAGGAUCUGAUCGCGCAAGACGAAGCCGCUAUUGCAUCUCGCUACGAAUUGUUGGACAAAACAUCAUUAAACCGGGCGGAGGGACUUGUCCAGAGUGGAGAGUAUUACGAGGAAGACGAGUAUUAUGACGAUGAACAGGACGCAGAGGGCGAGCUCGAUGAGGGCAUGGAGGAGGUCGCUGCCGAUGAUGGAGGUCUCGAUCCUCUCCUGGAGGAGAUGGAAGCUGCUCUGCGCGGAGACAAUGAAGCGCAGCCACAGGGAGCGCCUCCCUCGGAUACUGGCCUUGCGAAUCUCUAUCAAGCUGGAACUCCAAUGGCGACUAAACCUUCCACACCUGCAGUGGAUACAUCGGGCGAUGAAAGUGACUCAGAUGCUGACGAAGAGGCGGAUGUGCCUGAAGACGAACUGGAUGACGAGCAGCUUGAGCAACAGCGGCAGUUCCAACAACAUCGCGAAGAGAUUGCCGAGCUCGAGGCCCUUAUUCGCGCCGAGACGGUCAAGUGGGAGAACAUGCAGAACCAAAUCCUGAAGCACAAGCUCGCCAAGCGUAUUCAGGAUUUGAAGCGGGAUCUAUCCUUGAAGAAGGUCUCCGUUGGUGAGGGCGAUGAUGCUGAUACUUGA